UCUUUAACUCCGAUGGAAACUCAGACCCAAACUAAUGCGUAACAAGCUAGUCACCGUUAAAUCAUACGAGUACUAGAGGAUUCCAUCGCCAAAGGAAAUUUGUAAUACAUGUAGUCGAGCGUCAAGGGAACAUCGGACUUAAAUUGCGCCUUGCAAUUGGAGGGGACUGUACACAGGACUUUGAGUAACGCUUCAAACCUGAACAUAAAUUCGCCUGCGUCUCCGUGAAUCGAAACCCCACGCAAUCCGUGACUUGGUCUCUCAAGAAACAACCACCAUGAAAUCCAUCCAGAUCCUCAGCAAGGGCCAUGCCCAAGUUGUCACUGAUGCCCCUCUCCCUUCUCUUCCACCCUCGGACUACAUCCUCGUCAAAGUCAUUGCUGUUGCACUCAACCCCACCGACUGGAAGCACAUCGAACGUGUCGACUCAAAGGCAACCGUUGGCUGCGACUUCGCCGGCAUUGUUGAAGAGGUUGGACCCAAUCCAAGCAAGUCUUUUCAGAAGGGCGACCGAGUGGCCGGGUUCGUCCAUGGCAGCCAUACUCUUCGCCCAGAUAAUGGCGCAUUUGCCGAAUACGUUUAUGCCAAGCCGGGUUUGGUGCUGAAGAUACCCGAUUCGAUGAGCUUUGAAGAAGCAGCCGGUUUGGGCGUUGCAGUGAACACCGUGGGGCAGGGGAUGUAUCAGGAGAUGAAGCUGCCAUGGCCGGACAAGCCACUCAAGGAGAAGAAGCAGAUUCUGAUUUAUGGCGGCUCGAGUGGGAUGGGUGCUGUUGGCAUCCAGUUUGCUAAGUUGUCUGGUUUCGAAGUUUUGACCACUUGUUCUCCCAGGAACUUUGACUACGUCAAAAGCCUGGGCGCUGAUCAUGUCUUUGAUGCCUAUGACCCGGAUGUAGGAAAGAAAAUUCGGGAGUUCACGAACAACAAACUCUACUAUGUCUGGGACUGCGUAGGCGAAAACGGAUCGAUUGAACAAAGCGGUGAUGCCCUUGCCACAGAAGCACCUCCUGGGCAGGAAGUGCGCUACGGCAACAUUCUCAACCCUGAAGCCAAACAGCGGGACGGCGUCAUUUGUACCUGGAGUGUUGGAUACUCUGCACUGGGAGAGGAGUGGGCAAUUGGGUGGAAGGGAGGCAGGGAAACUGUACCUGGCAAGCCGGAACACUACGAAUGGUCGAGCAAGUGGGUAGAUUUUGUGGAGCAGUUGCUGAAGGAUGGCAAGUUCAAGCCUCAUCGGCAGGACGUGAGGGGUGGCGGUUUGAACGGUGUCCUGGACGGGUUGAAGGAGAUGAAGGAGGGGAAAGUCAGUGGGCACAAGUUGGUAUAUCGGAUUGCCGAGCCCUGAUUGUUGUUCCAAGGGGGGUUGUGAUGUAUUUGCUUCGUAGUUAUGCAUCAAUAUGCUCUCGAUUGCAUUGUCUCAAAGCUCC